CGAAGUUUCAGUUUUUUCUAAUUGAAAAAGUUCUUAUUUGAAUCUGAAUUAUUUUGUGGAAAGUGCACAAGAAAAUGAAAAUAAAUAAACUAAAUUUGUACACAUGUUAAUGUAAUGUAAAAUUUGUCAGUCACUUUCAGCAGUUAUUAACAGCUUAUGUAAUUAUGUCUCACUUUGAAACUGAGAAUACUUCUUUUGAUCCAUAUCAUGGCGCUCCACCUGUACCUAUAGAAAAACUUAAGAAAUACAAAAGAGGAGAAAGAGUUGAUUUUAGGGGAAUUAAAAGUAAACUACACAAAAUAGACCUGAUUAAAGCUGAUAAAAAGAUUCGGAAAUCUGUAAGAGAUGCUGCAAGAAAUGAAUUGCUGUUAACAGAAGAAUCUGGUUAUCUUGAACCUGAUGAUAAUGAAGAUACCUAUAGAAUCAGUCAACAUGAGAUUGCUGCUGAAGUUGACAUUACUAGUGCUUCUAAGUUGUUUAAUCUAUCCCUGACUGAAUUUGGACCAUAUAAGAUAAAUUAUUCAAGAGAUGGAAGGCAUCUCUUGCUUGGUGGCCGCAGAGGACAUGUUGCUGCUAUGGAUUGGGUUACCAAAAGGCUUCAUUGUGAGAUAAAUGUCAUGGAAUCUGUUCACGAUCUUUGUUAUCUCCACUUACCUACUAUGUUUGCUACUGCUCAAAAAGAAUGGGUUUAUAUAUAUGACAAUAAAGGAGUCGAACUUCAUUGCAUCAAAAGGCUUAGUAGAGUUUUACAAAUGGAAUUUUUACCAUAUCAUUUUCUAUUAGCGACAUCUAGUGAAAAAGGAUUUGUAUCAUGGUUAGAUGUUUCUAUUGGUAAAAUGGUAAAGGAACUGUAUACUAAUGCUGGUCGACUAAAUGUAAUGAAACAAAAUCCUUACAAUGCUGUUCUUGUAACUGGUCAUCCAAAUGGUUCAGUAAGCAUGUGGUCGCCAAAUGUUGAUAAGCCUCUUGCAAGGAUUUUAUGUCAUGCCCAUCCAAUUAGAGCUCUUGCUGUUGAUUCUAAAGGAUUGUACAUUGCUACAGCUGGUGCUGACAGAACUCUAAAAAUAUUUGAUGUUCGAACAUAUAAAUGCUUGCAGUCAUACAAAUUAAAAGGUGCUGCUGGAUUCUUGGAUUUCAGCCAAACGGAUGCAUUAGCUGUGGGUAUUGGAAGUGUUGUAGAAGUGUAUAAAGGUUGUUGCAGAAAUACUGUUAAAACUCCAUAUUUGCGUCAUAGAAUUACAUCAACGGUCUCUGAUGUUCAGUUUUGUCCUUAUGAAGAUGUGUUGGGGAUUGGUUACAAUUCAGGUUUUGAUAGUAUUUUAAUACCAG